AUGCCAAUUCCUCACCUCUACUCCAAUCUCGCACGUCAGGGACUUGCGAAAUCCAUCACUCACGGUUACGCACAAUCCGUUGUUGCCGCAACUCAUCCUCAAGCAUAUGCAAACCACAAGCGCACUUCGCGAUUCGGACUAAAUAGACGUGGUAGCAAAGUCGGCACUCAUCAGCAUCUCUUCCAAAAUGCCUUCCACACCAGUACCCAGUCGACCAGCACAUUUGUGCAAGAAGGUCGACCUGAGAAGAGCGAGGUUAGCAAGAGCGAUGGAGGUUUAGACGCAUAUUUCGAUGCUUGGAGAAAACACCAAGCUGCAGAGGAGCCGGAGAAGGAAUGGACGCAGUUUCAGUUUACAAAGCUUCUCGAAUGGAAGCCAACACCCAUCAAUCCGGAUAUCGACGGAAUCAAUAAGCUGAAGCCACAUACACUUCUAUCCGAACCACCGAAACAAGUUGAACGAGCACAUAGCGCCAGUGCGGUCGAUGAUAUCAAGAAGGCAGAAUUUGUAGCGGCGAGUGCGGCGGAGGAGGCUGCGCUCGCUGAGAUCGAUGCCGCCAUCGAGAAGGAAAUUAAGUCAAGAAACGAUCAGGCAAUCUUCGAAGCUGAGUUGAGUGUUAUUGCAGCUCGAUUACCUACGCCGCCAAUCGCACGCUCCGAGUCCCCUGCGAUAUCAACCACGGAGAGCUUCACAAAGACACCCACAAGCAGCUUUUCCAGCCUGACAUCAGCGUCCGACCUUCAAUCACAAAGUUAUGCCGACCACCUGACCAAGCUAUCAGACACUGGUCGACAUGCAGAGAUCCCAGCAGUAUUCGAAGCCAUGCUUGUGGCUGGCAUCAACCCUACAGCUGCUGCAUACAAUGCUUUACUCGACGCUGCUAUCCACUUACCAGCUGAGAGGAUUCAGGUCGUUCCAAAGGCGCUCGAUGUCUAUUCUGAUAUGCUUAGACGUAAGGUUCUACCUAAUACCGCCACUUACAACACAUUAAUCAACCUCCUUUCUUCUCGAUCCAUUGAGGUUUCUUCGCUGAAACAGUCACUGGAGGAGAAACGAGUCCGAUUUGGUGGUAUGGAGGAGCCCGGUAAAUUCAUGUUUCCCUCCAACGAGUUUGAAUACGCCAUCCUUGCCGAGGACGACAGACUGGAUCUCGCUGUCAGAAUGUUCGAGGGAUCCAUAACCCGCCGCAAGGAUCGAGCUUAUCCACCAGAGACUUACCAUAACCUCAUUCAAGCAUGUUCAGCCGCGGGCCGCGUCCCAGAGAUGAUUCGCCUGUAUGGUCACAUGGAGUCGAGUAAUAUUGUACCGCUGGCCGCUACAUUUCCUCACAUGAUCAAAGGCUUCACUCAGACUGGCGACCUCAGCAGUGCUGUGGAGUGUUAUAACGAGUACAAGCAGCUUGCCGUUUCACACGACAAUGGUGAGCUUACUAUCAAGGAUCGUCAAGACGGCCAUGUUUACGCUGCUGUUGUCAAGGCCUACAUCACAUGUGACCGUAUUGAAGGUGCUAACAAAUUCUACAAGAAGAUCCUCGACUCCUAUGGUUCGAACGCCGUAACUGUCAAGGACUCCAUCAUCAAUGGUGGUUUCGUCACUGGUCUAUUAGAUCGAGGGCUGUUAACCGAAGCUCUUAAUUGGGCUGAGGGUCUUACCAGCUCGACCAAAGCCGUUGCCAUGAGCAAGAUUGCAGCCGUCGCAGCUGACAAAGGCGACAAGUUGAUCGCGGUGACUGCUUUCGCAAACGUUCCGUCAACUUUCCAAGGGAUUGCUACGUCCGCUAUGGCAAUGCUUGCGUUGAGUGUUCGUGCUGGUGACGUGUCUGCUGCCCAGCGAUACUGGCACAUUCUCUCGCAUCCAGAAAUCAAGGUCUCCGCCUCGUUCAUUGAACCCGCCACUAUGUACGCUGUGGCCAUGAUUGGAUCUGGUCAGGUAAAUGAAGGUUUAUCCCAAUCCGAGCAGAUGUUCGCACGUGUUCGACUUGCGGCAGCGGAUACAAACAGUCACAUCAGCGAUGAGAUUGAAGAGGGUAUGGAACUUAUCAACAAGUUCAUGAGCGUUCGCGGCAUCACCGAUCACCGGGAAAUUGCCCCUGAGCCUCCUAUCUUUCAACAAACCUUCACACCUGUCGCAUACCCUGCCGCUCCGACCUAUGAGGACACCUUUGACCCUUAUGCGGCAUCCACCGACUUUAAAGGAUCUGCUCUCAUUGCUGACGAGCUGGAGCGUGGCAAUAACAGCCGUGCCAAAGCUUCCCGUCUUAACGAGGCUUUGGGUAGAUUCAGAAACAUUCGCCGAGCUGGCCGUCACCCACGUUACAUCACAUACGCUAAGCUCAUCUCUGCUGCUGCUCGCGAAGAGCGAAUGAAUCUGGUGCACGAUAUCUUGGGCAUGGCUAGAUCUGACAUUCCAAAUCUUCCUCAAUACCCUGUCGUCCGAUAUGGCUGGGUCUCGAUUCUCGAUGCUAUGGUUGGAGCUUGUCUUACUCUUGGAAACCGAACUUUGGCUGCUCAGUACCACCAAGAACUGCUUGACAUGGGUGCUUCGCCAACUGCCAACACCUUUGGUCUUUACAUUACCACGUUGAAAGAGUCGACCAAGACCUUCGACGAAGCUACUGAGGCUGUCAAGAUCUUCCAUCGUGCCAAAACUGAGGGCGUCGAGCCAUCUUCUUUCCUAUACAAUGCUCUUAUCGGAAAGCUUGGAAAGGCCCGCCGUAUUGAUGACUGCCUAUUCUACUUUGCUGAGAUGCGCAGCUUGGGUAUUCGGCCAACUAGUGUUACCUAUGGCACGAUUGUCAAUGCCCUUUGCCGUGUCAGUGAUGAAAAAUUUGCCGAAGAAUUGUUUGAGGAGAUGGAAUCAAUGCCAAAUUACAAGGCACGCCCGGCACCUUACAACAGCUUGAUGCAGUUCUUCCUGACAACCAAGCGUGACAAAGCCAAGGUUCUUGCAUACUAUGAGCGCAUGAAGAGCAAGGGUAUUCAACCAACAAACCACACCUACAAACUUCUGGUUGACACCCACGCUACUCUCGAACCUGUCAACAUGGAAGCUGCGGAAGCUAUUCUGGACGUCAUUCGUAGCACAGGUCAAAAGCCAGAAGCGGUACACUACUCUUCUUUGAUCCAUGCUAAAGGCUGUGUCUUGCAUGACAUUGAAGGAGCACGCUCGGUAUUCGAUUCCGUCAUGUCCGACCCGUCUAUCCGCCCACAAGCCUGCCUCUAUCAAGCUCUCUUUGAAUCCAUGGUUGCCAAUCACAAAGUCGCCGACAGCGAACCAGUUCUCCGCGAGAUGUCUUCAAAGGGUGUAGAGAUGACACCUUACAUUGCCAACACCCUAAUCCACGGUUGGGCAAGCGAGAAGAAUAUUGAGAAGAGCAAGGUCAUCUUUGCACUUGUUGGUCGGGCAAAGCGAGAGCCAAGCACAUACGAAGCCAUGACUAGAGCUUAUCUUGCUGUCGAAGAUAGGCCCAGUGCGCAAGCUGUUGUACAGGAGAUGCUGAGCCGGGGAUACCCUGGCGCGGUUUCCAACAAGAUUCUCGAACUACUUGGUGGCGGCAAUGCUGAGACGUCUGCGUAA